AUGCCUGAGGCAAGCGCACGGGCCGCAUUGCCAUGCCCCGCUGGGCAGUCCAAGGCAGAUGCAUUUCACGACACUCGUCGCUCUGGACCACUCCUCAAUCACGAUACUUGCGCCCUCGCCGAGACAGCCCGAUAUUUCACAACCUCCCCAGCCUUCAUCGAGGCCCAACGAUAUUCCGAGCCCACCCCGUCUGGCCCUCCGCCUUGCCCCGUCGCCAUGGCGGCAUCAGCAUCCACGCCCGCAACACCACUCCUCUACUCCUGCAUCGCACACCACGACACCAUCCUAACCGAGCACACCAUCGCCUCCGCCGCCGGCGUCUCGAACCUCGCCUCCGUCAUCCUGCCCAAAAUCUCGCACGAAACCGCCCAGAAACUCAUCUACACCCACAACCAACACUACAUCUACUACAUCAGCGACGCAGAUGGCACAUCGUCCAGUAAAGCGAGUGAUCUGAGCGGCGCAGGCCUCACAUACCUCGUUGUUGCAAAAGCGGAUCUCGGCCGCAGUAUUCCCUUUGGCUUCCUGCUCGAGGUGAAGAAGCGCUUCUUGAAAGACUACGAUGCAGAGCGCACGAGUUUUGCGUCUCUGCCCGCCUACGGUGCCGCGGCGUUCAAUACGCAGCUCAAACAGCUCAUGGUCGACUACGGCACCACCAAAUCCGGGCAGACGUCUGCGUUCGCGAACGUGCAGGCGGAUAUUGAUAAUGUGCGGGGCAUCAUGACGGAGAAUAUCGAGCGGGUGCUGGAGCGCGGGGAGAGGAUUGAUUUGCUGGUCGACAAGACGGAUCGACUUGGAGGGAGUGCGCGGGAUUUCCGGGUGAGAAGUCGGGGGUUGAGGAGGAAGAUGUGGUGGAAGAAUACGCGGUUGAUGGUGCUUUUGGUUGUCGUCAUUGUGUUCUUGGUCUACCUCGGGAUAGGCAUUGGCUGCGGCUUGCCUGGCUGGGGGAGGUGUAUCGGUGGAGGCAAGUCGUGAUUAUUCACAUGCGUGGCGUUGUGGAAGGCUGGCACUAUUUAUCUAUCCUGUACAGGUACGGACGUUAAUGGCUACGAAUUGAACACGAUAUCAGCGAUCCAACGCAUUCCCUGCAGUUUCUGAGCAACUUCAAGCG